GUGGCUCACCAGGCACUGUGGGGGAGCAGCGCGGCGGUGGUGGCAGCGACGGCAGGCGGCAGCGGCGAGAGCCGGGGCGCAGGUGCACUUAAAGAAUGGAUGAUGAUGAUUUUGGUGGUUUUGAGGCUGCAGAGAUUUUUGAUGGAGGAAAUGGGGAAACCCAAACUACAUCUCCUGCCAUUCCUUGGGCUGCUUUUCCUGCAGUAUCUGGAGUCCAUCUUUCUCCAGCUGCUCCUGAGAUUGUAUUGGACCAUGAUCAUACUUCCCCUUCGGUUGGCUGCCUCUCUUCUGAGCCCAUCAUUGCAUCACCAGAGAACACACAUGCAGAUAAUAGCAUUGGCAGUCAGACUAUUCCUAAAGCACAGAAUCAGCAAUCAACACACACUCAUCUGGAUAUCUCACUUUUUCCACUGGGUUUAACUGAUGAGAAAAGUAAUGGAACAAUUGCUCUUGUGGAUGAUUCUGAGGAUCCUGGAGCCAAUGUAUCAAACAUACAGCUUCAGCAGAAAAUUUCAACUCUGGAGAUGAAACUCAAAGUUUCUGAAGAAGAAAAACAGAGAAUUAAAAAGGAUGUGGAAUCAUUGAUGGAGAAACAUCGUAUCUUAGAAAAAGAUUUCCUUAAAGAAAAAGAGCAAGAGGCCAUUUCUUUUCAAGAUAGAUACAAAGAACUUCAGGAAAAGCAUAAACAAGAAUUGGAAGAUAUGAGGAAAGCGGGUCAUGAAGCCCUCAGCAUUAUUGUGGAUGAAUAUAAGGCACUACUACAGUCUUCAGUUAAGCAACAAGUAGAAGCUAUUGAAAAGCAGUACAUUUCUGCAAUUGAGAAACAAGCACACAAGUGUGAAGAGUUGUUAAAUACUCAGCAUCAGAGGCUCCUUGAAAUGCUUGACACAGAGAAGGAACUGUUAAAAGGAAAAAUAAAGGAAGCUUUGACUCAGCAAUCUCAAGAACAGAAGGAAAUAUUGGAAAAAUGUUUGGAGGAAGAAAGGCAAAAAAAUAAAGAAGCAUUAAUAUCUGCUGCAAAGCUUGAGAAAGAAGUGGUGAAGGAUGCAGUUUUAAAAGCUAUAGAAGAAGAAAGAAAACAUUUGGAAAAUGUCCAUGCUGAAGAAAGGGAGUUAUGGAAGACUGAGCACAGAAAAGAUCAAGAGGAAGUAUCUCAGGCAAUUCAAAAAGCUAUACAAGAGCAGAGAAAAAUUAGUCAGGAAACAGUUAAGGCAGCAAUAAUAGAAGAGCAAAAACGAAGUGAAAAGGCUGUGGAGGAGGCAGUGAAGAGAACAAGAGACGAACUGAUAGAGUAUGUAAAGGAACAGAAAAGGCUUGACCAAGUCAUCCGCCAAAGAAGCCUGUCCAGUUUGGAACUGUUCCUUUCCUGUGCUCAGAAACAGUUAAGUGCUUUAAUAGCUACAGAACCAGUUGACAUUGAAUAAAGAAAACGUGACAAGCUAACCCACACUGGCAAUGGAUAAAUCAUUAGACCUCUACAAUACAUGCUCUGAAUUAUAAAAAUACUUUUGUUUUCUUUCCAAACCUUGGAAAAUUGGUUUCCACUUCAAGGAUAAACUAAAACAAUAUUUAGAAGAACAAGAGAUCUAAUUUAUUUUCUUUUAUUUUCUCCUUUAUGUUUAAUGUUAUUUUAUUAGUAGCAGUAGUAGCAGCAACAGACAGUAUGAUGUGCCCUCAAAACCAUUGAAAAUUACCAAAAUUUAAUUAAAUAAACUUACAGCUUCUGGUGGCCGGUUACAUUGUAUUUGGCAAAAAUAGUAAAUAUCUUUACUUAUCAUUUCACAGUGACUCUGGAUGAGAUUCUAGAAUGUCAUCAUACAUUUAUUUGAUUUUGAGGAUAUAAAUAGCAUGGUUUUCAAUGUCACCUUUUUAUCUGUGUAACUUAGCUAUAAAGCAUGGAUAUGCCAGAGAAUCAUUCUGAUAUUACCAACCUCUUCUAUAGUGGGAUCCAUAUAUUGUCAUUGGUAGCAAUUAAAAACACUGAAGAUUAUUAAAUUAAUUCAACUUUGAUCUUAUGUACCACCUAAAGGAAUAUAUAUGUAUAAUAUGCUUAUCUCCUAUUUCUGUUCUUCACAGUCACUAUGAAUCAAUAAAAUCUUUUUUCUUACAAAUCACACCAUGAACUUAAUCUCUAGAAAGAGAAUAUAACUUAGGGAAUUUAUAUUCCCUCUUAUAUAUAAAUAUAAUGGAAUCAGGUCCAAAUAUGAAAUGUGAAAUCCUUUCCCAGUACUUCAGGAUGUACUUAAUUCAUGAGCAGUGUGCUUCAGUGCAAAAUCAUGAGGUUUUUGUUUUCUCUUUUGACAUCAAAACUAAAAUAUCAUUUAAAAUGUUUGCAAACAUUUUUGUUUUGUUUCCUGAAAUGAUCCU